AUGACCAAGGCUGGCCUCCUUGCCAUCAGUCUCGGCCUUGGUGCCGAGAAGCUGGGACGUACCAUUUCCGAGAAAAGACUCGAGCGCAAGGAGAAGAAGGCUAUUGCUACACCAUGUCCACAAAUCACAUUACGGCGGCGGAAAUUUUAUGAGUGGCUCAAUGGGCCGGGUCGACAGCUCAAGGAACCUAUACCCGACUCCACAAACUACCUAGGAGCUUACGACAAGUACGGCAACCUGGUACGCGCUGGCCCUGGAUGGCGGAGAGAUGGGGGUGCGAAGGCUGCUGCCUCGACUGAGGCAGAGCAAGCUGGAGCCGAGGCCAAGGCAGAGGAGGCGACAGAAAAGGCCACACCUGCAGGACAGGAGAGCCUGGAUGCACUAGAUGCUGCCAUUCAGUCUGGUGCAGCUGAGGAGAAGGAUACCAAGAAGCCGAAAGAAGCGGACGACGACAGCAAGCUCCCGCCUGAGACGGCAGAGGACUUGCGGCCCUUUCCCCUCAAUCAGUGGUUCCGCAGCCAGCCAGUAUUGAGCGAAGACCUCCGGGAAGCAAUCUGGCGGAGAGUCAAGAAAGAUGGGGCGACAGUAUCGCUCGCCAGUGUCGAGUUCGGCGUCAGCAAUGAACGCGUCGGCGCUGUUGUGCGACUGAAGCAAAUGGAGAAAGAGUGGAUAGCGCAGGGCAAAACACUCGCGCUACCUUACUCCAAGGCGGUUCUUUCCAUGCUUCCAACAACCCCACACAUCGAUACCUCGCUCCCUGGGAACAAAAACAAACGUCCUAUCACGCACGAGCCCAUCAACGACCUCGCGGUACAUCCCGCGACACGCCAGCAGCUCUUUGUGCCUGUUGCUGAGUCUCGGCAAUUCACGCGUGAAGAUGCUGGCAAGGCUUUUGACAACACGCUGUUGCCAGCCGACGCACGCAUCCCUCAUCCAGAACUGGUGCAGGCUGAGCGUGAAUUGCAGUCUGGACUUUCGUUCGAAGAGCGCAAGAAGCUUGCCGAGCAGCGAUUUGAACAAGAGCAAGCAAAGAAGAGGCAAGAAGAGAAGCGCAAGGAAGAGGAGCUGAGGGCCAUGAAAGUGGUGCCGCAGCGGAGGUGGGAUUUCGUCUUCAAGGACGUCAGCGUAGAGGCUGCAGGCAGAGACGGCAGAGGCGCCGCGGCUGCUGGAUGGCGGUAUGGUGUGCCGCACCAGGACCGCAAACGAGGCAUCCCGAAGAUCCCUACGCGGGUUGAAGCCUAA